AUGGCUGUACCUGAUUUCAAAGAUGUUCCCGACCUUACUGGAACCUGGGUAUUGAACCGAAAGCUAUCAACCGAUCCAGAUGAUGUUUUCGUCUUGCAAGGUGUACCUUGGGUUGUCAGAAAGGUCUUGCGACACGCCCGGCUUUCGUUGCAGAUCUGCCAGACCACUUCUUUAUCCGCAAAAGGUACAGGGAUACCCAAUGAAAUUUCUGAGCUGGCCGGCAAUUUGAAACCUGUUAUAACUCUUUGUAUGACACAAACCGUCAACCCAGGGGGGUUUGACAGCGAAGGAAGCUAUCCAGUUGAUGGAAGACCCCAAGACGUUUCGCUACCUAUCUUCGGAGAUAUUCAGAUGCAGCUCCAAUUUGUCGACAAAUCUGAUAUAAUCGAGGACUCAAUCCGUGAAAUUUUGGAGGUGGGUAGCUUGAGUGACAAGGUUAUUCAAGAAUUGGCCCGGAAUGCGUCAAAGGGAUGGGACGCCGAAGUGAUUUGGGGAUUUGAAGAACUCGACGGAAAGAGAUAUUUGACACGAAACAUUAGCACGACAAAGGAGCAGAAGAAGGUUAUUGCUAAGAUGGUUUACGACGGCCCAAAUUAG